GCACAGUCUGAUGCAGAGGAUCAAGCGCAGGACCAUAUGCUUUAGAGUUCAGUGCUUUAUCCAUUUUGCAACCUCCCAAGGCACUGUGUGCUCCCUUUUUAACUGAAGCAAACCAGAACAGGAAUGUGCAAUGUAGCUCAUACCAGUGUUUUUGGAAAUGGUGAGAUAAAAUUACUUUUAUGCUAAAAUGUCUACAACAAAAGUGGGUCAGUUGGUAGUUCACCAUCCACAACAUAAUGAAAUUGAACCCAGUACCCAGAGCCUCUAGAAAGGAAAAUAUUCCACAUGGUGGACUUGACAGUUGAUCUAUGGUUGGUGUUUUGUGGAGCAGAAAGUGGCCUUUCUAAGAAGGAAGAGGAGCUAGUAGCUCAGGGAGGGCCUGGAUCUGAGAGGGACCAGAGGUCUUGAUGGAGCAUUCAGGUACAUGUGCCCAGCACCCCUUAUCACUGCACACUUCUGUCUUAGCUUGCUGUGAUCAGAAUGUUGGAAGGGAGAAGGAACAGAGAAGGGUUUUCCUAAGUUCCACUAGAUGAUUCUAAACUAACUUCUACAUGGAAGUAUCAUGAAAAAGACAGUCAUAUUUCAGAGUGAAGAACAUUUACUGGAAGUAAAGAGAAAGAAGGAGAGGAAAGUACAUUCCAGAGAGGUGUGUGUGUGUGUGUGGGGGGGUCUGGCGCUUCCCAGUCUCCCAGGUUUUAAGGUGAAGGGCUGCAGUCUUUGUCUUCAGGUGCUCACAUCUAUCCACACCUGCCUUUUAUGGCCUUUGCAAUCAGGGAGGGAGGGAGUGCUGGUAUAGAAGACGCUUUUGGCCAGAGGCGUUGCUUUCCCUAAACAGACCCCUAACAGUAGACAUAUUGGAAGCACAACUUACACUCAAGACUCCUGAGAGGCAGGCUGCCACCCUUGAGGAAGUAUAUAUAUGUGUGUGUGUGGGGGGGGUGGCCCUCCACGGGCCGAUUAGGAAGUGGUGUUUGGAGGUCUGCAUUGGUUGUGUAACUGGUAAAGUGCACAAGUUAUUACAUAUAAGGGCCUAGAUUCGAGUUCCUAGUUCCGCUUGACAAGCAAUGAAGCAGUGCAGCAGUUGUCUCUUUCUCUCUCACCCAAUUUCUCUCUGUCUGUAUUAUUAAAAAAGAAAACUAAAUGUUUUUUUUCACAGGUGAAUUAAAUACAUGUGAUCUAUAUCACUAAAAUCACUACAUAGCGAAUUGCAGAGGGAUUUAUUAGUACAUCUAAAUCUGGAAAAGUUAGAGUCAUCAUAUAUUCAUAAGACUAAGUUACAAAAAAAAGAGAGAGAGAGAGACUAAGUUACAACUAGAAGGAAGAAGGGAAAGUUUCUGGUUGCUCUCUGGUUUUAUUCCAAGUUGCUAUCAUUUCCCUCAAAGCAAAUGUUUUAUCCAGGAUGAUGCUGGUAAGUCUAACAGAAAAACAAUUCUAGUCAAAAGUUUCUGCAUGUGUGUUUUUCACUGAUCAAUAAGUAACAGGUAAUGUGCCUACAGGUACAUGGAUGUUUACAAGUAAGAUUCUGCUUACAGGUGGAAGCAACAUGGCCUACACUAACGUUUUGGGAAGUGAUGAGAUAAAAUCAUCUUUCUACUAGAACACCUAUAGCAAUGGUGGUUUAGCUGGCAACCUAUCAUCUCCUAUACAGUGGUAAUUGUUAUUCAUGAGCUGGGAGUGUUGGAAGAUCCCCAAAUGUUUUUAGGACCACAAAGAAAGUUAAAGUGCUAUUUGCUUUUUUUUUUUUUUUUUUUACCUUUGAUCUAAUGUUCAUGGUGAACUGGCCCUCAGAGUUUUGAAAAAUGGGGAAAAUCACAUCCUCUAUAUCAGAAUAUAUAAUUAAUCAAAGAAAAAAAUUUAUGUUCUAAGCUUGCUUUCCUACUCAUUUUGUGAAAAAAGAAACAUGGUCAGGGAAAACCAUGCCCAUGCUCCUCUUUUUAAAAAUUAUUUUGGUUAAAAGUUUCUUUAUAGGGUUUUUUUUCCCCAGUGCUUAAAUGACAUUAUAUGAAAUGUUAUGGAUGGAAGGAAUACUUUUAUAGUAGUCAUAAAAUUUUUGCACUUAGGAAUAUAUCUUUGAUUUUGAGGGAAUAUGUUAAAAAGUAGCUCUAUUUGAUAAGAAUCUUAUGAUAGGGGACCAGGCCAUAGCACACCUGAUUUAGCACACAUGUUAACAAGGACCCAGGUUAAAGCCUCCAGUCCCCACCUGCAGGGGGGCAGCUUCAUGGAUGGUAGAGUAGGUCUGUAGGUCUUUCUCUCUCUUUCUGUCUCUAUUUAAUAAAUAAAUAAAUAAAUAAAAUAUUUAAAAAGGAAUCUUAUAAUACAUUCUUCAUUUGAAAAAAAUAUUUUUAUUUGUAUAGACCUUGUACUGAGUCCAUCCCUCACCAAUUACCUUGGGUCCCUGGGGCCUGAGAAGUUUCCACCCGCGUUGACGUCUCUAUGGCGAUGCACCUGCAGGUGAGGCAGUGCACAGGUGGAGACGGCAGGUGCCCGCGAGCCACCAUGUGGCAGCGCUGCAGGUGCAGGUGCUUCCUGGGGCGGCCCACAGGGACCCCCGCUUCCCUGGGACCAACCCCACUUCGGAUGAUGCUGAAGCUUCCCCCUUCUGGUGCCCUCAGAGGCUAUGACUCAGUUGAGAGGAGUGCACUCAGCCUUCCCCUGGCCUCAUGCAGCCCUUCAGCAUCCCUGUGCAGAUCACACUCCAGGGCAGCCGGCGGUGCCAUGGGAGGGCAGCCCUUUCCCCCUCUGAGAGGAAGAGAGACACAGAACAACAUGCUGGAGGCUCUCAGGAUGUGCACACGAAACUGCCGUCCAGUGCUGGAGAGGACCGCGCCAUGCUGCUGGGCUUUGCAAUGAUGGGCUUCUCUGUCCUCAUGUUCUUCUUGUUCGGAAAGCCUUUCAUGCUCAGCACUCAGAGGGAAGAGUCGAACUGCACUAUGGUGCAGACCCACGUGCUGGAGGAACAGGUGCAGUGUGCCUUCACCUGCGGCGCUGACUGCAGAGCGCAGGGCACAGACUUGUGCCUCCAGGUGUUUGUGAACCUCACCCAUUCAGGCCAGAAAGUUCUCCUAUAUUACAACGAAGAGGCCAUCCAGAUCAAUUCCAAGAGUGAUGAUACAGACUGCAAAGUCAGAGAAAAGCAGACAUUGACAGUUUUUGAUGAGCACAGACAGGAGGUGCAGUCACAGGCCAAACUUCUUGCUAGAACUGCAAGAAUGGGAAGAGGUCUUAAAUUUAGUGACAUGAUUAUUCUAUAUUCUCAGUACAGUAACACAUGCAUCUUGCUGUGUCAAAUACUUAUUUGGGCCAUUAAAAGAACAUAAAAAAAACAUUCUUCUCCUAAUUAAUGCAGUAUACCACAGGACUUCAGUUCAUUGAGUAACAAAAUAUAGAGCAAUCUAUUUGCUACAUUAAGUGGGUCUUAAAUGGAUGAUGGGAACUGCUUUUUGAAGCUUCCAAAGUAAACAUUUGAUCUAUCACUGAUAGUAGUCUCCUUUUGGUAGUGACACAUUCCUCCUAGAUACUAACCCAUUACACCAUCAACCAAGAGAAUUUGUUCUUUUAGGUUUUAUCUAGCUCAAUUAAUUCCAAGGACUGACUGAUUUUGAAACCACUAAAUCCAUUUGAAACUUGGGUUUCAUAGCCAAAAACAUUUCUAGAAACCAGAUGAAGGCCAAUCUCUUCCACCAUUUUUUGGAUACUGAACUUAAAAAUAUGAUUAGGGGUUUUUCUUUAAUGAAGUCAAUAGAUAAUGGUCACAUUUGGAAAUUCAUGCUAUAGUUAAGGAGUUUAGCCUUAUUAGAGAUAGUCCAAGAAAAUAUAAAACAGUGAGGCUUUUGUCUCCUUGGUAAUCUAGAAGGACUAACAAAAAUAUGAAUCACCUAAAAUAUAUGGCUCUAGAAUAACCACAAAAUUAUUGCAGGAAAGACUAAAUAAGGUUUCAAACAGAUCUCUAAACUUAAAUGGCUUACAAAGUGCAUUAAAAAAACCCUUUCCAUAUCUAUUAACAACACAAGGGAUGGAGCCUACUAUUGGUAGUGAAAACCAGUUACUUAACUACUCUAAAUGUACAAUGGACUGAUUAGACUUCCCACCCCCCAUUCCCCAUCAAUUGAAACUCCUAUAUGUAGUUUUGUAAAAAUUAAGCCAGGUGAUUUUCUUGUGGCUUAUAAAUGUAACUUUAUGCAAAGUAGCUUGCAUAACUAGUGAUAUUAACAUAUCUAAAACUAGGCAGGAGGAAUGCUACUACAUUGAUAAAAAGGAAGUGCAUAACUUUAAUCAAGUGGAAUACUUGAAUGAAAUAAGCUUGUUUAAAAUCUUAACAACCCCCACCCCCAACUUACUAGGUUUCUAAUAAAUUCUAAACUCUUUUGAAUUUUAGACCCUCGAUGUUCACACCCUUUAUAAAAAUGCCUAUUGGCCAAGGCUGGCAAACAGUGUAUACAAAUCAAAAGUGUGCCAAUAUAUACACACCAGCUCUCCUAACAGUGAAGAAAAGAGAAAACUAGUUUCAAAUGCUAAAUUUGAGAACCUAGUACCAUGAAUCUCCUGGCAUUAUAACUUUUUCCAAAUGGCUGUUGCAUGGAUUAAAUUUGAGCCAAUAUAUAUAUAUAUAUAUAUAUAUUUUUUUUUUUCUGAAUGUCUCCCAUGCUGUAAGAACAAGGCAUGCCAACACUAACAUUAUAAAUCUAAAAUACAGUGCUCUGAGAUGUCUGUAAUAUCAGAGUCUGUAGUAUUAAAUUGUCUCCCUUAUUUAGUUUUUUCCUUAUAAUCCUUCUGAGGUAGUUACUUAUCCAAUUCUGUCAGGAUCAUAAUUGUCUUCUGCCAAACUCUAAAAUCUUUUCAGAAAGUGAAAAUAAGGGUUUUUAGAGAAUAGGGGUAAAGCGGGGGACUUCCCAGACCAUGGCACAUAAGCUACAUUUACAUUUUAAUGUAAUAAUUUAAAAAUAAGAAUGGUUUGUUUAUAUUUUUAAAAAACAGCCCAGCUGUAUUAUUCUGUCACCAAGAAUUAUUCUUUGAGGAUCCAGCCAAUGCUAUGCUCAGCUUUCACAAUACCAUUGUUGAUGAAGAGUCAAUUCCCUCAUGACAUACACAGUAGACGUUCAAUUUUCACCCUUUUCUUAGUGCUCCAUCUUAGCAUGACGGCUAUGAAUAUGCAACUAACCCAUUUUAACACCCUCCCCCACCCAUCACCCUCACCCCAUCCCAUUCCCCUCUUCUCAAAAAAGAAAAAAAAAAAAAAACUGAAGCACAAAAGUUGUUUUUAAAUAGAAGCACCACAAUCCAUAACACCACAUAUGGUCUUUAAACCGAAAUGUUUUAUCGAUGUCUUAGACAUCAAAAUCAGUUUUUAAGGAGGAUUCUGAACGUGUGGGUCCAGCCCAGGUCUGCAGUUUGUACACACAUAGAAAUAAAGGGAACCUAAAACAUUCACAAAAAGUUAAUCUGUUGGCUUUAAAAUGAUGCUGGAAAUUAAAUUUCUUCAAAGAGUUGGCAAGCAUAGGCUAUAUGAAUAUAAAUUAAAUGGGUUUACAAAAAUCAUUAGAAAAUAAAUCCAAGUUUGUGUCUUGUGAAAUUUCCAUGGUGUCUUUAAAAACAGAUGGGUUGUUCAUAAUUUGUUAUAAUGCCAAAUCAUUUGAUUUGUGAUGGAAAAAAGAAUACAGAUGGACUGUGUUUUUACCUAUGUGAAAUCACUAAUCCAUUUAAAAUAAAAUCCAAAGGGGUAUAUACAAGUAAUUGGUUAUUUUCCUGAUAUACAAGUCAUUAUUUUCCUGAUCAUAAGAACUACACUUUACACAAAAUACUUUAUCAGCAGCUGUUUUCAUCAAAAAAAAAAAAAAACCCAAGUCAUAGAUAGUUUCACAGUUGAAAAAGUUACACAUUAAAAUAUUUUACAAUUCAUUGUAUAUUCACCAGGUUCCCAUUUCUUAAAGGCUUAAAUAUAAAGCAGAUUAGAAGGGAAAACCUCUAAGUUGAUUAUUUUGAUACUAAGUAUUACAGAGGACAGUAAGAACCACAAAAAAGUUUAGGUUCUAUCAUAAAAUAGCGACUGAUUCCAUUUUCCUUAAAAAAAUCCAAUUAAAAACAUCUUAUUAAAAAAAAACAACCAAUAUCCACAAUAUGAUCAACAGAUUUCAAAUUAACAGCAGUCUAAAAUCUCCCAGAUAAACAAUUUUGUAUAGCUGAGAACAUGAUUCAAAAGUUAAAGCAUGAUUAUUUCUUGUUAGAAUGUAUUCAAAAUUAGACUUCAUUUCUUUAAACACGUUUUUCUUUUUCCUUUCAAGACAGUCAUAGACUGUCUCAAGUGAUCAGAUAAAUCUGUAGACCCAAUUGAGAAUGGCUGGUCAAUGGAAUUGACCCAUCUAUAUAGAGAGGGUCCUUGAUAUUGAGGGGGCACCCCCAAGUCAUCCCACACAUUAACCCAAAUUGUUUUUUGCUUUCUCAGCAUUAUCUGCUCUUUUUUUCUUACAGAUUUAAUGCUGUCUUCUUGGAUUUAUUGAAUAAAUUUACUUUGCUUCUAGAUUGUCUAAACUAAUUUAUUCAUUUAUUUUUAAAUAUUUUAUUUAUUUAUUAACACAAGAUCGGGGGUAGAGAGAGAGAGAGAGGAAAGAAAGAGAGAGAGAGAGAAUGAACACCAGAGUAUCACUCUGGCUCAUGGGUUGCUGGAGAUCAAACUUGAGGCCUCAGAUUCCAAUAUCAGUACCUUAAUCUUACUAACUGUGCCACCUCCCCAGGCUCCUUAGUUUGCACUGAAUCUAUAUUUUGAAUAAAUCUGUCCAUACUUCUUCAAAAAGGAUGAUUUAGUUGUAAAAAUUCUUGAAAAAUAAAUAUAAACAAUAAAUUAUGCAGUUUGUGUUUUAAUGGUGGAGAAGUUCCAGGGGGAGGCUAAAGAACACUCUCUGGAUUGUCGUGAAGAAUGUAAAUAGAGAA